AUGAGCGUCCUUCCUAUUGUCGAAAGAGGAGAAUACAACUCUUUUCUUUUUUCUUCAGCAUGUUACUUUUUUCGUUUUUAUCAACCUUUCUCUCUUAUCCCUUCGUCUUUCCUUCUUCUUCAGCAUGCCUUUUUUUUACGUUUAUUCUUUCUUCUUCAGCAUGCCAUUUUUUUACGUUUAUUCUUUCUUCUUCAGCAUGCCAUUUUUUUUACGUUUAUUCUUUCUUCUUCAGCAUGCCAUUUUUUUUACGUUUAUUCUUUCUUCUUCAGCAUGCCAUUUUUUUACGUUUAUUCUUUCUUUCUUCAGCAUAACAUUCGUUUUCAUUUUUACUAUCCUUUCUCUUUUUUCGUUUACUUUUUCUUUCUUUCUCUCUUCGUCAUGUUCUUUUUCAGUUUUUACAAUCCUAUCUUCAUUCCUUUACUUAUUCUUUCUUUCUCUCUUCAUAAUGUCAUUCUUUUUUUCGUUUUUACAAUCCUUUCUAUUUUCUCCCUUUUUUCCUUUGCUUAUUCUAUCUUUCUUUUUCUCUUCAUCAUGUCGUUCUUUUUCCUUUUUACUAUCCUUUCCAUCAUUCUUCUUUUUUUCGUUUACUUAUUCUUUCUUUUUCUCUUCAUUAUGUCGUUUUUUUCGUUUUUAAUAUCCUUUCUAUUUUUCUUCCUUUUUUUUCUUUGCUUAUUCUAUCUUUCUUUUUCUCUUCAUGUUGUUCUUUUUCGUUUUUUACAAUUCUUUUCUAUCUUCCUUCCUUUGCUUAUUCUUUCUUUCUCUCUUCAUAAUGUCAUUCUUUUUUUCGUUUUUGCAAUCCUUUCUAUAUUUUUUUCGUUUACUUAUUGUAUCUCUCUUCAGCAUACGAUUCUUUUCCAUUUAUAUAACCUUUCUGUCUUUCUUUUUUUCGCUUACAUUUUCUUUCUUCCUCGGGCUUUAUAUUCUCUGAGUGACACUUGA